CGCUAGACGCACUUACGAAAAAAUCGUACAGUGGCUAACUGCACGUCCACUCCCCACAACCGAACCAGCAACUGGAAUUUCCGAUUUUCUUGAUGCACGCUUCUGGAACAACGCCGUGCAGAUACGAUAGGUUGUCCCCUUUACUCACAAAAAAGUUUAUCUCUCUCAUCGAUCGAGCGGAACACGGGACUAUAGACCUGAAUCAAGCUGCGGAAGUGCUGAAAGUUCAGAAGAGACGAAUAUACGACAUCACAAAUGUAUUGGAGGGCAUCGGGUUGAUUGAAAAGAAGUCCAAAAAUAAUAUUCUUUGGAAGCCAAGUGCCUCGGCUCCUGCGUUCCCUGAAGCUAACAUCAUGAAGGGGAACCUCUACAUCGCGGAAGAGGAUAUAAAAAAUAUCCCGAGCUUUUCAUCUGACACUCUCGUGGCAGUUCGGGCACCUUAUGGAACCACCCUUGAGGUACCCGACCCAGACGAGGGAGAUGAAUUGUCCAAGAAAAGAUAUCAAAUUCUGCUGAAGUCAAGCUCUGGACCAGUUGACGUUUUCCUCGUGUCUCUCCAAGGGAACAAUGGAACUCAUGGACCGAAGGAUAGUUCUCGCCAAAGGAAAACUUGCUUGCAUGGACAGUUCUCUAAAACAUCAGAUGAGAUCCUUCUGAACAAACAAGAGCCUGGAGAGACAGGUUCAACUCAGUUUGAAACUGGAUCUGAUGCCGUGGUCUUGAAUGCCCAUGAUAUCUUUCAUCUGGAAACUGCCGAGGCUAGUGGGUUGAAAGAGAGGAUGUUCGACAGUCCUUUGGUUGCUGAUGAGACUGGUUUUAAAACUCCGAAUAUGUUAAGAAUCGUUCCACCUCCAGGAGAUCAGGACUACUGGUUUUUGCAGGAUGCAAGAGAUAUGAACAUGGGAUUGCAGGAUUUAUUUGCGUCCUACGAUUUUGAAGAUUAGUUGGAGUUAAGCCGGUCGGGAGUUUUACUAUCGGUAUUAUUCCAGGAGGAGGAUGCUCAUCAUGUUUGUUGUCACAGGUUUGUCCAUCUGAAAUCAAUGCCGAGGCACCUUCAGAAGGGGCAGCUUGGUCACUGUCAGAGCGACAGUCAAUCGCACCCACCGCUGCAAAUAUUCGUUCAUUGGUCUAAUCAACUCUCGGUUGCCGUUGAACGGGCUUCUUUAGUGAUUUAUCUGAGGAAAUGUAGUCAGUGAGAAGCAUACCAUUCAUACCAUUCAUGGCACUCCUGUAACAACCACCACCCAGCAAGAGUGGGAAAUGUGUAGCUCGCAGCUUGCAGAUGACAUUUAACAUCAUAUUCUUGAGCACGUGACCUUGUACCCGGGGAACCUUAGGCACUAGAGAUACCUUCGUAUUAUACCUUCGUAGCUUUUAAUUGGAAGCCGAAUGUUCUGAG